AUGUUACAUAAAAUAAGAGAUGAGAAAAUUGUGAAGCAGUUAGUAUCUAACAAGAAAGAUAUAAUUCGAAAAAUCUUAGCCUGUUUGCUUCACUCUACUUCCAUGCUGAAGUAUUUUCAGAUGGCUUAACAUUAUUUCCUCAAGAGACCAUCCCCAGAAGCUUAAAUACUACAUUUUUGGUCAUAUUUUAAAGUAAAUGAAAAUAAAUUAAUUACUUUAAAUGCUCAUGGAUCCUUCAUUUCAAGCGUACUAUCCAUCUUCUAAAAACCAGUCUAUGAGGGAACUCAUUAGUUCUUAAAUAAUUUUGGUUUUGAAGUUCGUUUCACCAUUCAUUUAAGGGUUACUCUCAACAAAAGGAACAAUUUAGAGACAUCAAUUAAAGUAUUGCAAAUAGAGUCAACUCCUGUAGUAAAUUGUAAUUUUUAGAAUUAAAAACAUGUGAGGAACCGUGAAGACUUUGAUAGUUAUUAAUGGAAUGAUGUUCUUAUACAUUAUUAAAUCUAAGAUAAAUAACUUGAAUAAUAAUAAGGAAUAUGA